CAAGAAAAGAAGCAAAACUGUCAAAAUGUGUACAGCGCACGCGGAAGUCCCUUCUCGAACGAUUUCCUUUUCCUAAAUUAAUUUUCUGCAAUUUUCAAAUCCAUUUCCUGUUUCCUGUUAAAAAGCUAAAAAGUUUGUAAACAAAAAGUUUAUCCAACAACAAUUUACGUGCGAUUGAGUGGUUUUGGUUUUGGCGCUUAGCGUCGGAAUGGAGGUGACUAAUUUGGACGAUCUGCUAAACGUACGAGUGAUAAAAAUGGAAAACGGCGGCGAAACAUUCGACGAUAGCGGAGAAGUUGAGCCCGCUGAUCCCCUGUCUGUUAUGCCUCAAUUUGUUACCGAAACGGAUUUAGGUCUGAUGCAGUCCGGGUCGGAGAUACUGCAGGCUCCACUAGCGGUCUUCUCUGACACUGUUGAUGAUGACGACACUAUGCAGAGCACAGAGUCUGGAGAGGAGGUGAUAGUUCAACUAAUGGACAUCAGGACUCGUCUCUCGAAACUCCGUACAAUGCUGGAGAACAGGCUUGGGGCAGACCUGUCUGACUACACUUUCUGGCUGCAGGAUGCUAAGAUGCUAGAAAGCCACAAGACACUAGUAGAACAGUGCAUCCGGGGCUCCGGGGUGGUGCAAGUGAACAUCAGUGUCCGGGCCGCGGAGAGGAAGAUCAACAUCCUGGACGUGCUGAAGCCGGACGAGGAGCUGCUGCAGCUGCCCGCUGCUCAGGAGGCGGCUGCUGGUUGGUGUUUGCAUGGGGGCUCCGGGGUGGUGCAAGUGAACAUCAGUGUCCGGGCCGCGGAGAGGAAGAUCAACAUCCUGGACGUGCUGAAGCCGGACGAGGAGCUGCUGCAGCUGCCCGCUGCUCAGGAGGCGGCUGGGACAUCUCACACACGGCCAUCCGCCCCCAAGCCAGGCAGAGCCUGCAGCCUCGUAGAGCAGUGCAUGGGGGGCUCCGGGGCGGUGCAAGUGAACAUCAGUGUCCGGGCCGCGGAGAGGAAGAUCAACAUCCUGGACGUGCUGAAGCCGGACGAGGAGCUGCUGCAGCUGCCCGCUGCUCAGGAGGCGGCUGCUGAGGUCAAGUCACCUCAGAAGUCCCCCCAAAAGGCACCCCUACACGCGGCGGCGGCGCGAUGGGUUGUGGCAGACGCCUUUCGUAGUGAUAUGCACCGACCACUGCCUAGUGAUCCGAAGAACUGGUCAGUCCAACACGUAAAAGUAUGGGUGCAGUGGGCGGUGCGCCAGUUCAACAUGCGCGGCGUGAAGCUGUCGGACUGGAACAUGAGCGGCGCGCGUCUGUGCGAGCUCUCCAACCAGCAGUUCAAAGAAAAAGUUCCACACGACCCAGGCGACCUAUUUUGGACACAUUUUGAACUGCUUAGAAAGUGUAAAUUUAUUGCGGUGAUACAAAACGAAGAGAGUGGCUCUGAGACGCCGACCAGCAAGCCGCAGGGGGACGUCACGCACUCCGCCAUCAAGAAGAAGAAACCUAAACAGCUAGUCCUAGAACCGUCCGACGGCUCAGUCCUAUCCCCGUCCUACCUGUGCGGCGGGCGCAGCGGCAACAACGGACAGAUACAGCUGUGGCAGUUCCUGCUGGAGCUGCUCACCAGCGCCGAGUACUACCACGUCAUACGCUGGUUCGGUGACGGCAACAACGGACAGAUACAGCUGUGGCAGUUCCUGCUGGAGCUGCUCACCAGCGCCGAGUACUACCACGUCAUACGCUGGUUCGGUACUGAGGGCGAGUUCCGCCUACUAGAGCCUGAGAAGGUGGCGCGUCUGUGGGGCGCGCGCAAGAUGAAGCCCGCCAUGAACUACGAAAAGUUAUCGCGCGCUCUUCGCUACUACUACGACGGAGACAUGAUCUCCAAAGUACCAGCCAAGCGAUUCGUCUACAAAUUCGUCUGCGAUCUCCGUCAACUGCUAGGCUACUCCGCGAGCGAACUUGCAGACCGAGUGAAGGCUGUCUACCUAGCCACUCAAUUGCACAACAUGGACACUUUAUGAGAAUCGGCUCAAUACCAGUUCAAGGUAAAUGUGAAACAAGAAGAACUAUCAACGUAUGAAGAUGAUUGUUAAAUAAUAAAAUAAUAGUUUUCCUGUAAGAAGGCAUAUUUUGAUAGUUGGUUUAAAUACCUAUUUAUGUUAUAAGUUUAGGCUUUCUCGCAUACAAAGUGGCGCCUCUAGCGGGAACUAUCAGAAACUUCUGAGA